AGCGUAUGCGUUUGCGUGAGGGUGCAUCAGUUCACCACGAACGCCCACUUGUCUCUCCAUCUUUUAGAGCGAGAAAGAAAAGCACCGAAACCAUAUUGAAACUCUGCAGUAAAAGCUAGAGAGAGAGAGAGAGAGAGAGAGAGAGAGAGAGGAAGUGCAGUGUUCCACUGUUCCAGAUGCUCAUAGAAUGGGGAAAUCUGAUGAGCGGCAACUGCCACUGCAUCAGCAACAGCAGGGGGGCCGGAAUGGGUCCGGCGAGGGCGGCGUUUCCAGAAUCUUCUGCUGCUGCUGCUGUUGCGAGGGAUGUCCGGUGGGUGUUUCUAGAAUCUUCCGCGGGUUUAAUUUCAAGUGCGUGUUUGUCUUGCUGCUGACUGUCGCCGUUUUACUGUCCGCCGUGUUUUGGGUCUUCCCACGCCGCUCUAACCAGUCCGGGUUUGAUGCAAAAGAGGCAAUCAAGCUCAGUUCUACUGUUCAAGCAUACUUCAUGCUGGAGAAACCAGUUUCAGAUCUUGUUCCUAACAUUGCUAGACUAGAAUAUGAUAUUUAUGGGGAGAUAGGAGUUCCUUCCACAAAGGUUGCAAUUUUAUCCAUCCAUCAGGCGGAUUUAUCUAACCAGAGUGAUGUUAUAUUCGGCGUCCUUUCUGAUCCAGUUGAUUCAUCUAUAAAUCAGCUGUCCUUAGAUUUGCUGAAAAUGUCUUUUAUAGAUAUCUUUCUUCAACAAGCCAAUUUGACACUGACUACCUCAAUCUUCGGACAACCAUUUUCUUUUGAGAUUUUGAAAUUUCCUGAUGGAAUCACUAUAAUACCUGAGCCCCGAUCUACAUUCUGGGACAUGCCCCAGAACCUCUUCAACUUUACACUAUAUAAUUCCAUAGAACAAAUAAAGUCGAAUUUUGCGGUGUUAAAGGAGCAGCUGAAGUCUGGUUUACAUCUCAGGCCAUAUGAGGACAUUUUUGUAAUGGUCAAAAACAAUAUUGGUUCUACAAGAGAUCCCCCUGUUACAAUUGAAGUUUCUGCUGUUACUGAUGUUGAUGUUCUACCACCAGAAAGAUUGAAACAAUUGGCUCGAAUAAUCACUGAUUCCCCUCCCUCUGCAAAUCUUGGCCUUGAUAACUCUGUUUUUGGUAAAGUUAAGCAAAUAAGUUUGUCUUCCUUUCUAAGUCAUUCAAUUCAGGCUGUGCCACCAACUGCUGCCCCAGCUUCAGCUCCAUCUCCAUCUCCAGUACAAUAUGAUCCUGAACCAUCUUCAGCACCAUCUUAUACUAGCCACACAUAUGCCCCAACUCCCGGUGAAGAACGGGGGCACCCUCCAUCCCACGUCACUGCUUCACCAGUGCCUUCACAGGCGCCUGCUUCCCCUCAUAGAUUGGGAAGUCCACCAUGUGGUCCGAGCCCAUCACCGGCUUCUCAUGCCAUGCCAACGGUGUCUCCUGGUCUUUCUCCGCUGGCUGCUGUAUCAUAUUACCCCAGUGAGGACCGUGAAGAAUUGAUUGAAAAAGGUUUUGUGUUGGCAUCACAAGUCUCUUCAGGAUUCUCUUUGUCUCCAUCAUCUCGUGUUUUCUACAAUGAGAUGCACGCCCUCUACUUAAAUGGAUUCUUGACGAUCCUUCUUUGUUGGAUAUGGUGACACGUGUGGCCUCAUAACAUCGCGAUUUGGCUCAAGUAGGACGAUAGUGACUGGGACAGGAACAUUAAAUGCAUAUCGUAAGUGUAUAAAAGCAUGCAUAUAUGAAGAAGUUGCCGGCCGAUGCCAAAGGUGACUGGCCUCUGUUUCACUCCAUGACACUCAAAAAUGUAAUUUGCCCAAAGCAGAUUUUCAUCAAGGUAAGUAAAACUGAGAUAGUUCUAUUUGACCAUCUGCAAUGUGAGCAAAUGCCAAUAUAUGUCAAUGAUGCACAUAUGCUAACCAGAUUCUGAACAUUUGUGUAUAUUUUGCUGAAAGGAGUAACAGUAAGCCAUAUUUGUGGCAUUAUAUACGAAUUCAUAGUUUAUU